AGCAAGAGAGGUUAAGAGAAUAGAGAAAUAAAAAAAAUUAAAAAAAAAUUUAAGUUGAGGUCCAAAACUACCUGCAGCGGAUUUUCAAAACCAAGAUCUAAUCGGACCCAUGAUAGUUUUUUUUAAAUAAAAAAUUCUAAUCCAAUCCCACAGACAGAGACGGAUACUCAUCAGAUAGGGUACUUAUUGACAUUCAUAAUUUUAAAAUAAUAAUUUAUAUCUAACGAUUUAGGUCGUCGGUGUAGGUUUAGGGUGUUCAUUGUCUAAUUCUGAUCUGAGUCAAAAUCCAGUCCACCCGGUAUAAAUUUGCCACCGUAUAGGACACGUGUCGCGUUUGGAGACUCCUGCGAACGCCUGGGUCUGCGGGCCAAUUCCCCAUCCCUCCAUAAGUACGUCCACCAGAGUUUCCCGGGAGGUGGGGAGAGGGAGAAGAUACAGCUUUCGAUCAUCAUGGCGGCGAGGUUGUUGUGGGCUUCGAGAGCCGCCAAGUACCUAACAGUCUCCACCAUCCCAAGAGGCUUCGCAAGUGUUGUGAAGGAUUUGAAAUAUGCUGACACGCAUGAGUGGGUUAAAGUUGAUGGCACUUCUGCAGCAGUUGGAAUAACAGACCAUGCUCAGGACCAUUUGGGUGAUGUUGUAUAUGUGGAAUUGCCUGAAGUUGGUGCCAAUGUGACACAGGGCAAGAAUUUCGGAGCAGUUGAGAGUGUAAAGGCUACUAGUGACAUCAAUUCUCCUGUGUCCGGAGAAGUAGUUGAAGUUAACACUGAGCUAAAUAGCUCUCCUGGAUUGGUGAAUGCUAGCCCAUAUGGUGAUGGAUGGAUUAUAAAGGUCAAAAUGAGCGAUGCAGGCGAGUUGAACUCAUUGAUGGACUCCGAGCAAUAUACAAAAUUCUGUGAGGAGGAAGAUGCUAAACAUUGAAGCAAUUCUAGCUUAUCUCGGCAAAUUUGUCGGUUUGAGUUUUGCCGAUUCUCAGUUCAUGCUUCCCAAAAUCUUGUUGUUUCAUCAUCUUUGCAGGCUUUAGCAAUGAGCAUUUGACUUCUGGAAUAAUCAUCUUUCAACUUUUUCAUCCUUUUGCCUUGGAGGAUUGUAAAUUGUUAUUACCUUUUAUGCUUUUAAUUUUGCCUUCAAAUUUGAACUCUGAUUCAAGAGACCUCAUGCAAAGCUGCAGGCUGUCACUUGUGCAA